AUGGCUUCCCCAAAAGGCCAACAAGUCGACCUCACAUCCUUCUCAACUCAACAACUAAGCCAAUUCAAGAAACAGCUUGACGACGAACUCGAGCACCUUACGAACUCCUACACACAAUUGCGCGCCGCACAAGCCAAGUUCAGAGAAUGUAUUCGCUCAAUAGCUACGGGUGUUUCGUCUAAGAUUGACGGCAAGACGAUUUUGGUACCGUUGACAACGUCACUGUAUGUGCCAGGAAAGCUAGCAGAUACGGAGAAUGUGAUCGUUGAUGUUGGGACUGGAUUCUAUGUCGAGAAGAGCACAAAGGAUGCGACGAAGUUCUACGAGGCUAAGGUGAAGGAACUAGAGAUAAACAUCAAGGACUUGGAGGCGAUAGUGAAGCAAAAGUCGAGCAAUCUGAGUAUGGUAGAAGAUGUUUUACGACAGAGGGUUCUCAGUGCUGGAAAUGCAUCCGCAGCUACAACUACAGCAUGA